AUGCGAGAGAAGGCCACCUGGAUGCACCUGCGGUCGCGACACUCGCACCUGCUGGACUAUGUCCUCGUCCGGAGGCGAGCCCAGCUGGAUAUGCUGGUGACAAAGGCGAUCCUGGGUGCUGACGGGUGGACCGAUCAUAGCCUCGUCAUUUCCAAGAUGCGGAUUCGUCUACAGCCUCGCAGGAGACCACAGGGGAGGCGAGCCUUUUUGUCUUUGCCUGCUCAUUAUUUCCAUUUCAGCAUCGAGUUAGCUAAACGGCUGACCGACCUUCCAGUCGCCGCUGUCGCUGCCGCCGCUGCCGAGAACGCCCCUGUGGAGAACCGAUGGUGCCAACUGCGGUACACAGUUCAGUCGACGGAUCUGGCCGUCCUCGGUCGCGCACUCAGCAAACACCAGGACUGUUUUGGUGGCGACGACGUCGCCAUCAGGAACCUGCUCGUUGAGAAGAACCGCUUGCACAAAGCCUGCACCGUCUGCCCCACCGACGACAACAAAACAGCCUUCUACCGUAGUCGCCCCUAUGUGAAACAGCGGCUGCGGACGAUGCAGGACGCUUGA